CGUUCGUGACCAGUCGGCUAAGAAGCAGGACUUGUUCUGACUUCGCCGGAGCCGCAAAAUAGUUGUCAAAAUGGCGGGUGAAGGUUCUGCAAGUGCGAAUCCAAAUUGCGAAGUCGUUCGUGGACAAACUUUCGAGGUUGGGCCACGAUAUACGAAUUUAUCGUACAUGGGCGAGGGUGCCUACGGGAUGGUCGUAUCUGCUUAUGAUAAUGUAACAAACACAAAGGUAGCUAUAAAAAAAAUUUCUCCCUUUGAGCAUCAGACAUAUAGUCAAAGAACAUUAAGGGAAAUAAAAAUUUUGACUAGGUUUAAGCAUGAAAAUAUAAUAGAUAUAAGGGAUAUAUUAAGGGCACCUACUAUAGAACAAAUGAAAGAUGUAUAUAUUGUUCAAUGUCUAAUGGAAACUGAUCUAUAUAAACUUCUCAAAACACAGGCUAUUAGUAAUGAUCACAUAUGCUAUUUUCUUUACCAAAUAUUAAGAGGAUUAAAGUACAUUCACUCUGCAAAUGUACUACACAGAGACUUGAAGCCAAGCAACUUGCUAUUAAAUACCACAUGUGACCUUAAAAUCUGUGAUUUUGGUUUAGCUAGAGUUGCUGAUCCAGAGCAUAAUCAUGCUGGUUUUCUUACUGAAUAUGUAGCAACAAGGUGGUAUAGAGCUCCAGAAAUAAUGCUUAAUUCCAAGGGCUAUACUAAGUCUAUAGACAUUUGGUCAGUUGGUUGCAUUCUUGCAGAAAUGCUUUCAAGGAGAGCAAUAUUUCCUGGCAAACACUACUUAGACCAACUGAACCAUAUAUUAGGAGUUCUUGGAUCACCAUCUCCUGAGGAUCUUGAGUGCAUCAUAAAUGAAAAAGCACGAAAUUAUCUUCAAUCAUUACCAUUUAAACCAAAGGUUCCAUGGACAAGUUUAUUUCCAGAUGCUGAUCUUCGAGCUUUGGAUUUGUUAGAUAAAAUGUUGACAUUUAAUCCUAACAAACGGAUUGUUGUGGAAGAUGCACUUGCGCAUCCGUAUUUAGAGCAAUAUUAUGAUCCAGAUGACGAACCGGUUGCAGCGGAACCGUUUAAGUUUGAUAUGGAGCUAGAUGAUCUUCCAAAAGAAGUAUUGAAACAAUACAUCUUCGAAGAAACUCUGUUAUUCCAAAAGAAUCAUCAAGAAAACGUUAUGUAGUCUACUGCUGCGGCGAGCCUGCAGGACGACCGAAAAGGAGGCGAAGGUGUGACGUCAGAGUAACAGAAGUGUACUUCUUUUACAGUUAUCUACAAUGGAUGCAAGAGAGAAAAAAGAAAAAUAAAGAAGACAGAACAAAAUGAAACUUUUACGAAAAUGUUUUAUCGGAGCAUGGCUUAAAAGUCGAGCUACAAGACAUACACACAGGCGAAUUUGAGAAAAUGGGCGAAGGGAGCGGUGAAUGAGGUAAAGAAAUAAAUAAACCGCAGUGUCCGUGCAUAUACUUGUACAUUCGCAUGUCUUUACCGGAGAAAAAAAAAAGAAACAAAAAUACAGUGUCCUUUUUUGUUAUAAUUGAAUGCAUAAUAUUAAUUUGUACAAUAACUUUUAUUUAUCCCGAAUUAUAUAUAGGUAACGCUAGUUGACGAUUUAUUGUUAAUCACCGUAUCAUACACAUUGUCUGUGAUUUAAUUGCCGAGCGAGUGACGUGGUUGGUGUAAUGUGUGAGAUGUUCUAAGCCACGUAACGCGGCGACCGAUAAAAUGAAUGUAAGUGCGUAGAGAGAAAAAGAGGGGGAGAAUGAGAGUGAGAGAAUACGAGAGUGAGAGAGUAAAAGAGAACUUGUAACUGCGUGCUUGCUGUAACCAACGUGUAUAUACACGCGUGUGCGUGCGAAUACACAUACAUACAGUAUAUUUUGAACAGCCAUUAAAUUCACUGAAAUAUUUGCUGAUAGUAGUUCUUUUAUUAAUAUUAUCUUUUUUUCUAUCAACUUCAUUCUACUAUUGUGGUUUUAAAGAUCAUACGACAGGUUUUUGUUUAUCAGGUCAUAUGUUCUUCUGUUACUAUUGCAGCAUGUUUAUGAUUAUUGCUGCUGUCAUAGGUAUUACUGCCUCUUGUAUGUUGAAUGAACGUGUGUGUAUAGGACUAUUGCGACUAUUGUUACUGCCUUUUAUUUCCAGAGCUGUCUCAUUUCUAUUAUUAAUUUCGUGAUCUUUUUCUGUUCUUUUUGUACAAUAUUUGUAUCAUUCGGUAUUGCGAUUCUCUUCUUUUAUGAUUUUGUUUUUGUAGACUAUUUUCGUCUGUGUUUGACUUUUUCGUGACUUCUUCCUUUAUUUUUUGCAAUUCAUAUGCGUUGUAUCUGUUAUUUCUAAUCACGACUUUUUUUCUGGUCGAUGAAUCUUUGUUACGUAAUGACGUCUUGUAGUUGCGGGUACUGUUACUGUGUAGUAGCAUGAUGGUUCUGUUCAUUUGGUGUAUCCAUGUCAUACGUUGCUUUGAUUAAUUAGCUUUGGUGAUUGACAGUUGUUCUACCAAAGCAUUUAUUGCUAGGUUUGGGAAUGUUGUGUUGGUAUCUUUUGGUUUCGGUUGUAAAGUAUUUGGAUAUAUUAGUUGAUGUCCAUUUAUACACCAAUCUAACACUACCGGUUUGCAUAUUGUUAUUUCUAACAGUAGCUCCAGGGGUGCCUUAGUAAUCUUUUCUAGCGAUUUUUACUUCAGAUCUCUAUUUUUAAAUAAGUUUCUCUUUUAGUCGUCUUUUACGACACGCAGGAAUUACGUUAGAUCUAUUCUUCUCCCAAAUCCACAAGAAGGAUAAGAAUAUUAUGCAUUAAACUCCAAUCAUUAGAAUUGGAAUUGUGCAUUGAUAUCCAGUUACCUAAUUUGAUAUGCCGAACCAUCUCUGAUUAUGAGCACAAACUUGAAAUCCCAGAAGUUAGACUGAGACCCUGAUAAGAUAACAGAGAGCUUAACCAUAAUAGCAAUAAAGUUAUCUUGUAUAAAAAUGUGAAAGAUGCUUGAUUUAGCCAAAUUGACUAAAUUGUUAUCUUCUACCAAAAUAUAUGCACUCUGAUCUUUCCUUUGAUUAAUAUUCCUCCAGAGCUUAACAAGCUUCUUGUAAAAGUAGAGAUCUCAAUGAACAGAUCUGAGUUGUGACUUUUGUUGACCUAGGUUUCAGUGGUUGUACCAAAGAGUUUGUUGCGAAUAUCACCUAUGAAAUGAAUUACUUUCCUUUUUCUCUGGUGGAUUGUCUAAGGAACCUUGUCAUUGAUGACAGUAUAAUUAAAAUAUCUUGCUUGAGUUUAUUGUAAUAAGUAAGUUGUAGGAAGUAGUGUCAUCUACACAGAUCAGUGUCUACACCCAAAAACCUAUUUACAAGUUUACUGGCACAUUAACAGAUGUGGCUCAUAAUCUUUCCAAAGGUAGUGUGAAAUCUUAACAAGACAAGAACACUGUAGGAAUAGAUACAUGACUGGCACACCUAUGUAAGAAAAGUCAUCCGCAAAUCUGCUCUAUGUUAUUGAACAAUUCUAAUUUAAUAAAAAAUUGCUAUUAUUAUCUCCUGUUCUUCUAUUCUCAGAGCGACGGGUAUAGACUAAGACGCAAACUGGUUUUAGGGCAUUUAAUAGCUUAUGUAGCAUACUUCAUUCAAUGUCGCACGUCUUUAAUAUCAUUGUUUAUUGUAUUGUGUGUUUUAUUGCGGUAUUCAGGAGUUGGUUUAUUUUAUUAAUGAAUGUAUGUAGCGGUUGAUAUUAUGAAUGAUGCAAUCUUUCAUAUCUCUCAAUUUCUACACCUAGUGAUUACUAUUAUUAUUAAUACCAUUAUUAUUAAUUUUAAUUAUUAUUAUUAUUAUUAUUAUUAUUAUUAUUAUUAUAUAAUAUUCAGUGUCAUUCUUAUAGUAGUUAUGUACCUCGCAGAAAUUCUAUUCUGCCUCUAUCAAAUUUAGUUUGUAGACGAACGAGAGGAAGCGAGAAAGACAUACAAGAAAAUAGAUGACACAACGAGCGAAUGAAUGCAUGUAUGAGAAGGAGCAAAUGAAAAAGUGAAAAAGAGAGCAAGAUACUCGAGAAAAACGUUUAAUUCAUAGUUAAUUGCAUUCGACCCAGCUUCCAGUUCUUCUAAGCGGUUUAAUUACUUCUUGUUUCACGAUCUACAGGUAUUAUUACACUGAUACUGCCAUUCUUGUGCGACAGAGCGCAUGGUGUCUGUUUGAAUAUUACCAUAUGUAAACUUUUCUAUUUUUUACAUUUCCAAUAUUUUUAUUAUACUGUACUAUGUGUCGCCUUUCGCUUGUUUUACUUCUUUUGAUUUCUUCUGUUAUUAACAGAUGUUUCGAGGAACAAUUGCUUGUCGUUCACAAAUAGCUUAAAUUACGUCAUGUUCUUAUGUUAUUUAUGCAUUCUUUUUUUUAUUUAAAAGCCAAUAAAAAACACUCUUCGUAUAAUCCACUUCUUUGAAUUCAAACACUCACCAUGUUAAUUGAAUUGAUAAUGUGAACGUUCUUGUUUCGAUUCGUGUUUUUCACUCUAAAUGUACGCGUAUAUUCAAACGAUUCUUUUUUUAUAUUCAAUAUAAUAUAUAUCCCUAGUUGAUACAUCUUCUCCGAAGAAACAUGUCGUGGCAAAUGGGUAAAAUAAUAAUCGAGCUAGGUACACGAACGUGUCGUCGAUGGUGAAUGGCGAGAAAUCCGAUUGUGAUAGCUAGACUGCGGAUUAUUUAUACAUUUACGAGAAAUUUAAGGAUGCAAAAAUGUAUAAUAUAUCCAAAGUGCAUUACUUAAAUUAUAACGAUUAAUAGGUGAGACAAAUUUCUGCUUAGAUUCCAUUUUUUCAGUUAUACCUGCAAAAAUAUUAUUUUAUUGCAUAAAUAUCCGCAGUCCGGUGAUAACUUAGGAACGAAUUUGAGCGAUGUCGAGGCACAAAUAAGAGACGAGCAAUUUACUUCAUCAUCUAUUUUUAUUUUUCUAAAAAUCAUAAUUAAAGAAACAAAAAAUCUCUUGUAUGAGACAAGUAUGUUUCAUCAUUUUCCAAUGACAAUCGGAUGAUCUUCAAGAUGGCGAGGACACGCUUGGAAUACUUAUUUAAAGAACAAAAAGAGGAACGGGUACUAUUCUUGUCUUCGAAAUUAAAGUCGAAAUCAAAGACAAGAAAGUAAGCGGUUAAAGUCUUGUUAAAUAAAUGGAAGAGAGAUCAUGUAAGCGAGAAUGAGAUACGAAGAAAGCGAUAGAAAAGUUAAUAUAGAAAGAGAGCGCAAAACGAACGAUCCAGAGUGUAAAACACUAUUUGCCUCCCUCGAUUAUCAGAUCUCACGUUCUUCGAUAUAAUCUAAUAAAAUAAUUCUCCAUUAAUAAACACAUGUCAGUGGUAUGUUGUAUAUUCGUAAAAUAAUUCACUCGAAAGAGAAAGAGAUAGGCAUCGAUGCGUUUGUUUCCCUCAAAGUUAAGAAGUUUCAUCUGUGGAAAUAACGAAGACGCCUCGUUGCCUUCGGUUUCGAGUAUCCUUUUUCACGAUUUAACUAACUCGAGAGAGAACGAAAGAGAGGAAGAAUGUUGUAUUAUUCCCCUCGAGUGUCCUUUUCCAUUUCUCAGCAUAUUUUUAUGCUUUACAGAGCAUUGAAGGAUUUAUCGGAUUAUCGAUUUAGCCUUGUCGCCGCUUUUAUAUCCGGAACCUUGUGAGAAAUAACAAUCUACCGGAGGAGAAUUUAAUAUUUCAUCGUAGUCAAAGAGAUAUUACAGGAAUUUUCAUACGAGACUUCUAAUAAUUUACGAUUGAUCUUCGUAGUUUGAAAUUUGGAAUUUUCACAAGCAUAUGAAAUUUUUCGUUUAAAAAUAAUAACGAAUAGUCAGAAUUUGAUCAAGAGUUUCAAUAAAUAUAUAAUUGAAAGGUAACGAGAUUAUCCUUUGUCUUAUUCCAGGAAAAUAAAAAUAUACUCUAGCCAUUUUUAAUUUCUGUCAAGUAUAAUUCAAUCAAUUUUAACAAACUAUUUAUUAUAUUAUGCAGUUGUAAAUGUGCGUGCAUCAUAUCAUAGAAGAUCUAGCAUCUUUAAUUUCUGUUUAAUACGUCACAAUUUUUGCAAUUGUAAAAAUGAUUAUAAAUAUAUCUGUAAUUAUAUCAUAGAAAAUUUAACUGUUCAAUAUAUUUCAAUAUACUUCAAUUUUCUAAAUUUCUCUUCAAUAUAGGCUUGCUUUUAUUUUUAAUUAUAUCAUAUUAAAAUCUUCCCGUUUAAUCAUAAGGUUGCAUUACAAAAUCAUAAAACCAAAAGAAAUGUACUUAUUACAUUUUUCUCCUCUAAUCUUUAUAUUCAGACAAAGUUUCUGUGUGUUCAAAUAUCGUCGUGAAUCACUAGUUGCAGAGAAGAAUCUAAUCUGAUAUCUCUUUACAAUUCCGCGUCCUUGUAACUGCAACUAUAUCUUUGAUGUCGUACAAAUUUUUCAACGGUGAUUUCACCGAUGUAAAUUAACAAUCAACCGAUUACGUGUCAUACGUUUUUCAUGCUGGGAAAAUUCCUUCGUUUACUGGUUUUCUGCGCAAGCGAGAAAUAUCGAAGAGGACAUUCGUUCGUUGAAAUAUGUAUGCCGUUCAUAUUAAAUCCUCAAUGUGAAACGUUCCACUUUGUGCUCACAAUACGCCUGAUGAUACUGAGAAUUUAUUUAAUUUUACUCUUCGAUGAAUUUACUAUCUGUCAAAUACACGUGAAUUUCUCUAGAAUAACUAACUUAAUUCGUUAAAUUGUCAGUAUCUCCGCGUGUCUCGAGCACGAGUUCAUUCAAUACAAGAAGAAAGAUUUCGGAGAUUUCUGUGGCUCUUGUUCACAUUUCUACAUUCUGCCUCCCUUAAUGAAUUGUGCAAUAAAUUUCUAUAAAAAGAAUAAAUCAUCAUCUAUCGAAAUUAUAAAAAAAAAAAAAAAAAAAAGAAGGAAAGUGAUGGACACAAGAGAAAUAUAAUGUUCCCUCAAAGCUUCAUUAAUUUCUUAUAAAAAAUAUAAAUUAAAGAAUAAUUCAUGUAUAAUCUUCCCUUCCUCGUAUGCAUUUCGAUUUUAUCUUCGAAGCUUAAAUAAAUAAAGAAAUAUCUUCAAGCGUUAUACGCGUGAAGCUGAUUUUUGAACGACGUUUAUAUAUGUCCGAAUCUUUCUGCGUGUACAGUUGCUAUGUGUCCGAAUUUCGUAACUUAAUCUGUGUAUGUAUUUAAGACGUUAAUUCUCAGAGUCUCAAAAAGUAGAUGCGAACGAUUAGCGAACCGCGAAAUGUUUGUCGAAUAAUUUUCACGAGCUACCUCGAUAAGACCGAGGGGACAUUGUAACGAGUCGGCUGGCUGACUAUGACGAUAUCGGUGUUCCAAAUUCGUUUCCAACGUGAAAAUUGAAUUAAACAAACAAAAAUGGAAAACUGAUAAAAAAAAAAAAAAAAAAAAGAAG